GCAGGCAAAAACCGCUAGAUCUUAGGAAUUACAGCCGAGCCGACCCGGACAAGCACUACCGUUAUUCAGACUGACGCAUUUACUUCCAGAUAGGAUUUAUUUGAAAUGAACAUCAAGAUACAGCAAAUUGGGCGGCGAACUUGGAAAAGUCAAACUUGUUGCAUCUUAUGAACGAACCUCGCGUCUUGUCAUUUCCCAUUUGGGAAUUAUACACAUAUACUUGCGGCUACCGUAAUUCAAUUAAUUUUGUUUUGGGCUCCAGUGAAAACCACAGGAAUAACAGCGUGGAAGAAGAGAUGCUACAGUUUUGUUUUUGCUUUCUCCCCAAAGGACUACGUGAUUUCAUUUUUUUCUUCACAAUUCCAUAAGGCCAGUGUCGCUUCACCAAAUGAACAAUGCAGAUCUGUCAUUAGAACACUCGCGAACUGAACGAAAAAAUAUUGUUUUUGGGAAAACCGUUCAGUGCGCAAACUAUUGCAAAGAAGACAAUAUUCUUUAACUGUUAUUACUGAUUUUGAGGAGGAUGUAAUCUAUGUGGAAGCAUUUCUCCUCGGAUAUUUGAAAAACAGAAAAAUGCCGCUAGUCGUUUAGUUACUCUGCGCACACUUUGGAAAACUCUAACUUAACGCCUGUUGGAGCUGGACAUGCGUUAAUAUCAGGCAGCAUCCACUGUAAGGAUUUAUCUUUGCCUGUAUACAUACAUACUUGAUCUUAAGAUCGAAAUCGGAACCAAAGACGCACAACUGUACCAAACGUCGCGCAACUAAUGUAACAGACCCAUAGUAACGUUCACGUUAACGUUGUCAUUUCUUGUUGUCGCUCAUGGGAGACUCGCGGGGAGAAAUGGGCUGAUUGGGGGAAAGCUGAGGUGAGAUUGAUGGGGACAAUGUGGAUACCUGGCGUUGGCGUCCCGUUUUGGGGUCGCCUAUUGCUGCUGCUGUAUUUUUUGGCUGCCUCCGAGUCUAGGCUCGUUCAAGCCUGCCCCGGGCUCAUCACCAGCGGCUGCAGCUGCACGGACGAACGCUCCAAGGCUCACACCACGACGGGUGUAAGGAAAAGAGUCAGCUGUAGCGGGGAAGAACUUUCUGAAACUCCCCAACCCAGCCUUCUCCCAAACAGGACCGUCACUUUAAUUUUAAGCAACAACCGCAUCAGGGUGCUGAGAAACGGAUCCUUCACCGGUCUCACCGCCCUGGAGAAACUGGACCUCAGGAGCAACCUGAUCAGCACCAUCGCACCUGGAGCCUUUCAAAGCCUGACAGAGCUUCGAAAACUAGACCUCUCCAACAACCGGAUUGGCUGUCUGACUGCUGACAUGUUCCAGGGGCUCACCAACCUCACCAAGCUAAACCUCUCAGGCAACAUCUUCUCCUCCCUGGAGCCCGGGCUGUUCCAGGAGCUUCCCUCCCUGAAGCUGGUGAACUUCAACUCUGAGUACCUGUCAUGUGACUGCGGCCUACGCUGGGUGCCUGGUUACUUCCGUUCCAGCUCCGCCCGGCUUGGGGACGAGACCCUCUGUGCCUAUCCUAGAGCUCUGCAUGGCAAACCCCUGCGAGGGCUGAGAGAGAGUCAGCUGACCUGUGAUGGCCCGCUGGAGCUACACACCCUCUCCCUCCUGCCCUCUCUUCGUCAGGUGGUGUUCAAGGGGGACAGGCUUCCCUUCCACUGCACCGCCGCCCUGGUGGACAAACUCACCACACUGCACUGGCGACACAACGGCCAGCCCGUGACCUCAGACCCGGAGCAGGGCAUCCACCUGGAGGACAGCGUUCUGCACGACUGCACCUUCAUCACAAGCGAGCUCAUCCUCUCCAAUGUGCACGUGGAGGCGAGUGGGGAGUGGGAGUGCGUCGUGUCCACAGGGAGGGGCAACACCUCCCGCAGCGUGGAGAUCGUGGUUCUGGAGAACAGCGCCUCCUUCUGUCCGGAGGAGAGGGUCACGAACAACCGGGGGGAGUUUAGAUGGCCCAGGACCCUGGCUGGCAUCACUUCGUACCAGUUCUGCCUGCAGCUGCGCUACCCCUCUCUCACCGUGAGCGGCGGCGUGGAGCAGAAGAAGGCCUCGCGAUACUGCGACCGCUCGGGCCGCUGGGAGGAGGGCGACUACUCCCAGUGCCUCUACACCAAUGACAUCACCCGCGUCCUGCACACCUUCAUCCUGAUGCCCAUUAAUGCCUCCAACGCGGUGACCCUGGCGCACCAGGUGCGCACCUACACCCUGGAGGCAGCCGGCUUCACCGACAUUGUGGAUGUCCUCUACGUGGCCCAGAUGAUGUCAAAGUUCAUGGAGUACGUCAGUCAGCUACGAGAACUGUCUGAGGUGCUGGUGGAGAUGGGCAGCAAUCUGAUGCAGGUGGACGAUCAGAUCCUGUCGCGGGCCCAGCGGGAGGAGAGGGCGUGCAGCUCCAUCGUCCACUCGCUGGAGACCCUCGCGUGGCCUCAGCUCCACAGCAAUGCCCAGGACCUCUCCAUGAUGUCCCGCAACAUCGUGAUGGAGGCUCACCUGAUCCGGCCCGCCCACUUCACCGGGAUGAGCUGCACCGCCUACCAGUGGCGCAAGGGGCUGGGUGCCAGCACGGGCCAGGAAGGGGCGGAGCUGGCCCACGAACAGAAGCUGCAAUUCCGCUGCACCACCGGGACCCACAACACUUCCCUAAACUCCUUCCCCCUCAAGAACGCUGUAGCUCUGGCCUCAGUGUCCCUCCCCGCCUCGCUGUUCCCUCCCGACGCCCCCCUGGACUGCAAGCUUCAGUUUGUGGCGUUCCGCCUCGGCCGCUUCUUCCCCUACGCCGGCAACUACAGCAGCACCGCCGACCACGCCCGCCGCCGCAGCGUCAACACACCUGUGAUCUACGUGGGCCUGGACGGCUGUGGCAUGUGGAACCGCUCGGACCCCGUCACCGUGUCCCUGCGCCACUCGUCCCCUGGCAGCGACCCGGUCGCGGCCCACUGGAGCCUGCAGGCCCUGGAGCAGCAGGGAGGUUGGAGCCAGGAGGGCUGCCAGCUCGUCCAGAGCGACGCCGCCAUCUCCACCCUGCGCUGCUCGGUGCUCAGCAACUACGCCGUGCUGCAGGAGCUGCCGGCUUUCCCCAGCCCGCCGCCCGUCCCUGUGGAGGUGCUGCAUCCCGUGGUCUACACCUGCACGGCCGUGCUGCUGCUUUGUCUCUUCACCAUCAUCAUCACACACAUCCUGCACCACAGUUCCAUCCGCGUCUCCAGAAAGAGCUGGCACACGAUACUCAACACCUGCUUCCACAUCGCCAUGACCACGGCCGUCUUCGCGGGGGGCAUCACCCUGACCGGCUACCCGGUGGUGUGCCAGGCGGUGGGCAUAGCUCUGCACUACUCCUCCUUAUCCACACUCCUCUGGAUUGGGGUCAGCGCCAGGGUCAUCUACAAAGAGGCUGUCUGGCGGUCGCCACAGCAACAGGACGGGGAGUCCCCUGUCCCGCCUACCCAGCGGCCCAUGCUCAGGUUUUAUUUAAUAGCUGGUGGAGUUCCUCUCAUCAUUUGUGGGAUAACUGCAGCUGUCAACAUCAACAACUAUGGGGACAGCAACCCUUAUUGCUGGUUGGCGCAUCGGCCAAGUUUGGCCUUUUUUGUCCCAGCAGGCCUUGCUGUGUUAGUCACCUGGAUCUACUUCCUGUGCACCGUGGCCCGCCUGAGGCGGCAGAGUUCAGAGAAGUCCAAAGAGCUCCCUGGUUCCUCUGUCCCCUCCCCGCUGCCAGAGAGCCAGCCAGCAUUGGGCGGCAGCACCAGCGUGCUCUCCACAGACUCUGUGGUGGGGACCUUGCAUGCUGGGAUGGUCCUGGAGGACCAGUACUCCUUGAAGGUGCAGUUCCUGACCCUCCUGGCCACACACGUCCUCUUUGUGGCCCUGUGGAGCUGUGGGGCCCUGGCCAUGUGGCAGACGGGCCAAGAUAGUCUGCUUUUCAGCUGCCUGUACGGAGUAGCCGCCACAGUGCUCGGCAUCUUCCUGCUGGUGCACCACUGCCUGUGCCGGCUGGAUGUCCAGGCUGCCUGGCUUGGCUGCUGCCCAGCAUACCGUCGCUCCCAGCCCAUGCCGGCUUACGUGCACCCAUGCACCACCACAGCGGGGGCACAGACCAACACCUCUGAACGCGGGUCCCAGCUUUUUGUGGGCUGCCUACCCCCAGGGGACCCCCACAAUUCCUCAUCCGCCAGGUCCUCUUCCACACCUAGCGGGAUAAGCAGCGUGGGCCCCGGGCCCUGCAAACUCACCAAUCUGCUGCAGGUGGCACAGGACAAUGCCAACAACGCCGCCCGGGCUCCUGCCAGCACCAACACCAACACCAACACCAACACCAACACCAGCACCAGCACUGACAACAACACCAAACACACCAACAACAACCUGCUGCCCGCCGUUGGCUCAACAGCCCCCACACAGCCCCAGAGGAGGAAGGCUGGGGGAAGAACUAAGCAGGGGAGCAGCCAGUACCACCACCGUGGCGAGGGCAGGGGCCACUAUCGCCUCAAAGCCUUGAGGGGCGCUGGGGGAGGGGGCAGCGUGGGAGCUUUGGGACCCCCAGGACUUGAACAGCUCAACCUGCCCCAGCCAGCCCACAGGCAUGCCUCCAGUGAGAAUGGCAGCCUCCACCACAGCCACUCAGAGAGCCAGACGAGCCCUGUAGCCAAUGGGAGGCGGGUGGGCGAGGCCGCCGCCACCAGCCCUUCUGAGGGCAGCGAUGGGGGCAGCAGCGGAAGCCGGAAGCCCUUCCGGCUGCUCCCCUCAGCGGCCAGCAGGGCGGCGAUGCAGAGCGCUCAGAGGCGCAGCGCGAGCAGGGACAAUCUCAAACUGGCGGCCGCUGCGGAGAGGGAAGCGAAGCGCAGCUCGUACCCGCUCAACAGCGCCCCCGCCAUCCCGCCGGGGGCCGCCCCCAAUGGCACCCUCAAGAGCUCCGUGCUAGAGCUGGACCUGAGCGGCACCGACCAAUCACAGGGCUCGGUGGGCAUGAAGAGCGGCAUCUGGAGCGAGACGAGCGUGUGACCUGCACUUUCCUAAAAAGGGCGCGGGUAAGAGGCCAUGCCAGGCCAUCCUGUCCGCCUGUGUGUUCCCCACGUCAUCAUUCCUGCUCCUCUCGCUGUGGAAGACUCGAAGGUUCGAAGAUUCAGCCCACUUAAAAUGAGUCACUCGCCAAGUGCUGCUGUUGGAUGUAGCAAAGAGAUAUUGUGCCUCUUCUGGUAUGGAAGUGUGAAGAGGGUCACAAAUCACAGAAAACACGGGGAGCUGAUCUUUAACUUUUCCGUGGUGUUGGUUUCCCUUUAGCUUCCAGGAUUCUUGAGACGUGUAUUAUGAUGUACUUAUGCAAUUAGAAUCAAGACCUGAAAUUCCAACUCAGGCCACUUUUACACAAAAGGAAAAUACCAUUUUAUGCUACAUGUUUUCUUAUGAAAUAUGCAAAAACUGAACCCAGCUUUUUCUUAAUCUGUUUGUCUUGCAUUUCUCAUGAUGUAGUACCGAAGUAGUCAAUUAUAUUUUAUGGGCAUUUUUCAAGACAUUAUCUGAAUUUUAAAGCCACAGGGAAUAUGAAAGCUCUCUGAUUGUUUUUUCUGUAUUCUAUGCAUUUAAUUACAGCAGGGAAAAGUAGAACCAAAUCGACCCAUUUCCAAAACACACCCACGAGUUCCCUUUGUGAAGGUGUUACUUCUAUGCCUUGUAUUGUGUGCAUAUGCAUGUGCGUGUGUGUGAGAGAGAGAAAGAAAAAGAGAGUGAGAGAGAGAGAGACUAUGUUUGAGGUUUUACUUUGCUGACCAUUGAAGUAUUGAAGUAUUGAAAUUGUUUGAAUUACAAACAGGCACUGAGAAAUAACCCCUACACUCCUCGCAGACCAAUAAUUCUGUGUUUGUGCAUACUAACGGCAGAAACAACAGACUAACAUAUUGUGACUGGAUGUUCAUUCUGACAUGUUCUGUGGAAUGGCCUGUUGGAGUUGUGACCCAUUUAGUUUCAAGAUGAAGGGCUCCAGUCUGAACCUUCCCAUCACGUUCCUGAACUGCACCUUCUUGCUGAAGUCACUUUGCAGUGGAAAUGAUGAUGCUAUACUGCCCUCUUCCGGAUUACUAAUGCCAUUGCAUGCACUGAUAUAAAAUGGACCUGGAAUCAGAAAUCAAAACACAUAGCUGGUCCAUGGAUGGAUUUGUAACAUUCAGCAAGGCUUGUCUGCACUUAUUUGAGGGUGUAUAGGGAAAAUGAACUGGGUUUAAAUUCAUUCAGUACAAAUGAGGUGGACUGGAGCUAUUCCAAAUGAAAACUCCCAUGGCCUAAAGCAUCAUUGUGUGUGCACUACCAAUGAAGUUGUUAUUUGAGUCCUGUCAUAAGUGUGCACCAACCUUCAGGGUGACUGAAGUCCAGUGUCCUGUGACUCGACUUCCUUAUAUUCUUACCUGUCCAAUUUACUGAAGAGCAUUCAGUAUAGGUGUUGAGAUAACUUGUUUUUGUAUUGGUAAUGAUAGAAAGUAACAGCACCUAGAAAGCACUUCAUAUUCAUUGGAUAUCUGUGGAGAAAAAAAAACCACAGACGUCUGCUAUCCCCAAUCUGUGGAUGUCAAAAGCACUUCACACUCCCAAAAAAAGUAAAGUCAACCAUUCUUUUUCAUGCGGUGUUGCUGUUUACAUGAAUAUAUGCAACUGUGUUCUCCUGUAUUCCCAUGGUGACACCUUUUGUAUACAUUGUAGAGCUUGCUGUAGAUCACGAGAAAGCAGCUGCCCCAUUUAAAUUAGCACAGCAUUAUUGUUGUAAAUUUGUUCAGGGAAAUGAUUGUGCCAAAGACAUUUUCAGUGUUAAUUUUUCAGUGUUAUUUAGCUCCAGAGCUUCAGUUUUUUUUUUGAAAAGUGAAUAUUUUAUAGACAUUUCCAACAGAUUUUUUCAUGUCAGACUUGAAAUCUCCCUUAAAAUCUCAGAUGGGUCUUUUGAGGAAUGAGGGACUGAGGGGUUAAAACUUGUAAUACCUACCAAGAACAAUGCAAGUGCACUAUUUUUUGGCUCAGACAUAAAAUCUGAAAAUACCAUAGUAUUUUACUUCCCUCCUAUAACACCACAGUUAAAAAGUAGAUUAUAAUUUCUUUCAAAGUUAUUCAAAGAGAGUAAACUCCUAGACAUAGAAGUGAAUGUAUUGCUAAAAGGAUAAAGGUGGACCAAACCUGCAUAUUAUUUACCAUGUCUAUAUGAUGAAAGGGUCAUGAUUAUUAUAUUCCCGGAGACUGAAUUGUGUGGAAUUUCUGCAGCGGAAGGCAACCGUGAUGCUGCGAGACUGGCUGGGGUACCAAAAAGUUCAAAAAAUAAAUGUAGUAAUACACAUGAAUUGCCUCUGGGUCACUGGAGCAUCAGUCACCUCUUACUAGUCAUUUUGCACCCAAAGCUUUUGAUUUCACUACAGAAUUUUAAUGUUGACACUGAGGGAAAAAGUCAGUGCAACUGGCUUUUGGUUCAUACAGAUCACAAUUAAAACUAAACUUUCAUCGCAAUAUUCAAUACAAACUUUUAAUAACUCAUAUUUUCUAACAAGCACUCUUUUAAUUACGUAGCUGUGGAGAAAUGAGGGAGUAAAAUUAAAAUAAGAAUUCAAAAUAUACAAAAAAUUCUCCAAAUGGAGGCAAAGGUGGACUUCCAGUACCAUGAGGAAACAAACUUGUUUUUGUAAUUCCAUUGUAAUACCAGUAAUGAAUUCACAUAACCUCUUGAUUUUUGCUUGUAUUUGCUAAGCAUAUGACACAGUGGAUCUUUACGAAUACCAGUGUUCAGAAAUAAUUGCGUUAUACCCAGUUCAAUGACAACUCAUCUCGAAAUGAAAAAAGGGAGAUUUCAAGA